AUGGCCAACAACAGCACCGCAACAGCCAACACCAUGUUGCAGAUGGCAGCGAGCCAAAAAUUAGCUAGCUGCGCAUCGAGCAACGCUGGCCCAUUGCAGGGCACCGUCAAUGUCAUUACCAUCAUCAACAAUAACAAUAACAAUCACAGCAACAACAAUAACAACAACAACAACAACAGCAGCGACAACAGCAACAACAGCAACAACAGCAGCAACAACAACAACAACAACGGCAACAUCAUACCUGUCGAGUCGAGCGUGGGCGUUGCAGGCGCUAGCAGCGGCAGCGGCAGCGGCAGCGGCACAGUGGAGCACAGCUUUGUGGCCAUACCAUUGCUGGAGCGUCGACGUCGCAGUCGCAGUCAGAGCCACUGUCGCAUCACACCGUUGGCGCCCAUUCUGUGCCUGAGCAGCCAGAGCGGCACCCAUCCCGAGGACCUCACCCAGCUGUCCCGCUCCGUCUCGUGUUUCGUUCGCAUUCGCCGCAGCUUCGCCAAGUUUCUUGGCAAAAUCAUGGGCAGCAAUAAUCCCAGCGAGGCGGAUCGAUAUGAUUAUUACGAUU